UACACUGCUCUUCCAAGAGAGAGAGGAAAGAGUGAGUGUGGCUAUCUCCAAAAAGGGGUGGGAACGUUGGACCUGGAAGUUGAAAAGUAUUCCCAAGCCUGUAAACAAGAAUCAAAGCUGUAAGAACGUGGUUGCACUAAAAUCCACUAGGACUGGAACUCAGUACUGCCGGAGCAGCUCACUUGAAGUUGAAGAAAGGUAAAAAAAAAAAAAAAGAGACAAUUUUCCUAAGUAAAGUUAUCCGUCAAGACCAAGAGCAGCUUCAGAAUGGGAGAAGAUGCAGUGCAAGCAGAGAGGAGCAGCAUGGUAAGCUCACAUGAGAACCAAGAGCUGGUGGUGCCAAGUCCCAGCCCCACUCAGUCUUCACCUACACAUAGUGGAGAACCUAGCAGCCCUGGUCCUCUGACUGGGGGAACUACAGGCACUCUCACCAGAGAUGGAGCUUCACCAACAGGUCAAGUGAAUGCCAUCACUGUCUUGACACUUCUAGAUAAGCUGGUGAACAUGCUGGAUACAGUGCAAGAGAACCAGCAUAAGAUGGAGAUGAGACAGGUCGAGAUAGAGGGUGCGGUGACGGGCAUCCAAAAUGAUAUGACCAAGCUCUACAAAAGUCACACUUCCACCUCCAACACGGUCGGCAAACUCCUGGAGAAGAGUCGUAAGGUCAGCGUCAACAUGAAGGAGGUCAAAGACAAGAUGGACAAGCAGGCCGUCCAGGUGAAGAAAUUGGAGGCUAACCAUGCUCAGCUGAUCAAGAGAAACAACUUCAAAGUGCUCAUCUUCCAGGAGGAAAAUGAAAUCCCUUCGAGUGUCUUUGUGAAGGAACCUGAACCAUUACCUGAAGUGGAGGAGGAGACCCCGACCAUUGAUACCAACCGUUCUCAAGAGGAGGGCCUUCAGACCAUCGCCCUCUCCUCAGAUGAGGAGCAGGGACCAGAAGAGGAGGACGAUGAAAUUUUGGCUGCUUUGGACCUCGAGAGUGAAACCAGAGUUGAAAAAUCUCGAGCUGAGAAAAUCAAGCGCUCCAGUCUGAAGAAAGUGGACAGCCUGAAGAAAGCUUUCUCCAGGCAGAAUAUCGAGAAGAAGAUGAACAAGAUCAGCACCAAGAUUGUGUCCCCAGAGAAACGUGAGAAAAUCAAAAAGAGUCUGACACCAAGCCACCAGAAGAACCCUAGUGCCAAGAGCUCCUCUUUCAAGGUCUCUCCUCUCACCUUCAACAUCAAGAAGAACCGCAGUGGGGAUACUGAACCAGAGGCUGAGGCCUCAGCUCAAUCUGAGAGCGCCAUUGCCUCCAUUGAACUGGCCCCGAUUGAGAGCCCAACUGAAGACCUGUCCUUCAAAGAGGUCCACACCCAACUUGCACCAGCACAGGAGGAAGUAAAGGCAGCUGUGGAAGCAAUGGAGAAAAAGAAGGUUCUCAACAUACUGAAUGGCACAGCCGAGGUUGAGCUGUCGAUCACAGAAGUAAGCGAGGAGUGUGCUCUUUCUGCGACCCUGCCCCAGGACACCUUCCAGAUAGAGGUGUCCCACAGUUCUUUACAGGGAGAGGAUGAAGAGGAGGAAAAUGGAAAAGAAAGAGUGCAGAGUGAAGACAGCCCUCUAGCAGAAGCUGCAGCUGCAAGCCAUGCAGAAAGUUUUGCUGUAGGCCAAGCAUCCUAAUGUCCUGACCCUCCAUUCCUGCCCCAGGACAUCCUCCUUAGCUGAAAAAAACACUCUCUCCCUUAUCAGUGUCAGCCAUGCCUGCCAUGAACCCAGACGUCUGCCCUGUCCGCGCUGAAUACAGACUUACAAUACAGUCUAUUCAAAGGCAAAAUUCAUGAAAUAUAACACUUGCUUUAAAAUCUUAUAUCGCUGUUGUUAGUCCCUAGUCUUUAAGCAGAAAUGAAUGUGAAAGCAGUCUUAUCAGUUCAUCUAAUCCAACUUGUUUGUUACAAACCUUCCGCUUGUGUGAAAACUACUUCAGCUGGUAUUACUACACACUCUGUUUUCCUCUGGUGGUGCUUAACUGUCAGCUGAGAAGGUUGGCAAAGGAAAACAAAUCGCUUACAGCCAAAGAUGUCAACGGACGCCAAGUGCACUCCAUCUAUCUCAUGGUUUUCAUCCAACGCACUUCUUCUGGAACAGCCUGUGCACACCUGAAAGUGAUAUUGAUUUCAUGCAGCCUAGAUUAUUUUUAAUCUUGGUCCAAUUUGGUUUUGUUUUGGAGAUUAAAUAGUACAUAUAUACUUCCAUGUACUAUGUCUGUGUUGAUCGGAAAUGUGUAAUGUACUCAAUUUUACAUUUAGGUUUUCAUCAAGUGAUACUAUGUACAUUUUGAACUCAUAAAUACAGAGACCAAAAGAUGUGUGAAAGCUAAGUGGGAAGCGUAUUGUCCUAAAAAAAUAAACUAAAAAUAUAAAUACUGAAUUCUAUAAUUUUGCUUUAUAGUGACUAAUGAACAUUUAGAUAACCUUUUUCUGUCCUGAGCACACACCAUGCUCACACAGAUUUGCUUUAAAACUUAAAUGCAGCAUAUAUGCGGGAUACUGGUCUUCCCUGAACUUCAUAUAAUGUUUGUCUCAGGCCCUAGUCAGGAAGCAUUCCUGCUUUGGAUAUAUGGUUCUUUUCAGAGACCAUUUCUCAAGCUCCCGUUGGCAUGAUGCUGGCUGAAAAUACAGGCACUGUGAGGCAGGUCUAGAUUACAGACAUAUUUCUGAAAGUGAUGAAGGAGACGGUCGGUCCAGUUGAAUGCAAAUAAGCCAGAGAAUUGUGGAGAUCUGAAAAAGUAAAAAAAAAAAAAAAAAAAAAAAAAAAAAGUUUGGAGUGUUGAACUGAAGUUUCAAAAUGUCAGAAAUGAUGAACCCAAUGGGCUAAUACCUUCAUCAUUUUACAAUAAAUGCAAUUUACUUACUAAUUUAUAUUUGUGCACACUUCAGCACUAGCGAUCAUGCAAACCCAGAAAUAAAAUGGUGCUGUUAGCGAAUAAAGUAAUUAAAAAAAGGGGGGGGACAGCACUGACUAAUAUUUUAGCAAUGGGAGUAUUUCUCCCUAAAAGAUUGUUCCAUAUUAUAAUAUAAAACAUAGUAACAAGCCGUUUGUGAUAACAUUU